AGUAUUUUGCGUAAUCUCGCGAGAAGGGAAAACUAAGCGCCCAACGGAAGUAUCACGAUACUGUACCAUGUAAAUAAAAGCUUUUUUGCUUGUCUCCUAAAAAAGUCAUGAGUUCCCUGUUUAACUGUAAAGAACCGGCGACUUGGAGGAGGAUGUUUGAAAAAUACUGGGAUGUUGUGGAAGCAAAGUCCAAAAGCAAAAAACCUGGAAAGCUGUGGAACCAUGAAACGUGGUACCAAAAAGAGCUGCCCACACUCAUUUCAAGUCGACCUGACAAACAUGUCACUCAGUCAGAGCUGGUGAAACUGAUGGAGUGGAAGCUCACAAGAGGGAAGUUCAGGCCGAGGCUACAGCAGCUGGUGGCGUCCAACAGCGAGGAUACCGUGGAGAAAUGUUCCAGAAAGGCCUUCAGCCUCCUGCCUGAUGUGCAGGCAGCGAUUGCAGAGCUCAGCUCCUUGAAAGGUGUGGGGCCAGCCACUGCCUCAGCUGUGCUGGCAGCUGGAGCUCCAGAACUCACGGCGUUCAUGUCUGACGAAGCCAUGGAGAGUGUUCCAGGACUGAAACCUAUCCAGUACACGGCCAAGCAUUACUCUCUGUAUCUGGACAAGAUAAUUGAACGUACAGACGCUUUAAACAAAGUGGACCCACAGUCGGACUGGACUCCCCACAGGUUGGAGAUGUGUUUGUGGGCGAUGACCGUAGCCACCCAGCAGCAGCUUCCACUUGUAGAGGAGGUUGGUGUUAAGGGGUGUGGUGAAUCGACAGAUGGAUCAAACACAGGCACUGACCAGAGACCAACCAAAAAGCUCAAAACAAGAUGAAAAUUUGACUAGGUUUUUUUUGCGUAUAUUUGUAAAAACAGAAAUGUUUUUUGUACAUUUUCUAAGAUAAUAAAAUAACUUGUUGAACUAUGUAAA